UUUUGCAAAUUCGAGGCGUCAGUUCUCAAGGAACAUGGGUGCGAAAUGGACUCGAGUUAAUAAAAGUGUUCAAAUGCCGAAUAAAGUAAAUAGAGGGAUGAUAAUUACCCUUUGUCGAGUCUCGUUUAAUUGAAUCAUUACGAUUUCUCGAAAAUAUUGUUAAGGCGUCGUAGGAAAUUAAAUUUUAAUAAUAACGAAAUUGAGAGUCGUGUGGCGUGUACAUAUUUUACUCUUUUCGACGACGAAAUUAAUUUUGUUGGGUGAUAUUUUCAAAUAAAUUGUAAAAAUGGGAGUCUCAUCCCACCGCCGCGAUCGUCACCUCUGCACACUUAUACUUGUGUCCAUCUGGGGGUUAUCAUCCGCCGUAAUUUUGCCCACUUAUCUCGGUACCGUUUCUCUCAAGGGAAGUUUGGGCCUCGGACUUCGACCCCGAGAAAAAGGUGAACACGGGGGUCCCGUUCUCUCGACGCAUUUCGGCAAAGGGUUCAAUCACGCAUCUCACAGUGGGAGUGGGGGUGGUGGUGGAUUGCCCUCGUCGUCUCCCAUUUUGAAGCCAAAACCUGGCACUUUCGUGCACAGUUGUUGCAAAGGAAAGUUGAAGCUGUUCGGCCAGAAUAUCUUUGGGUAUGGGUCCUUCAAAGGGCAGUACACCAAUGGAAAAACUGGAGGUGGAGGUGGUGGUGGUGGGUCAUACUCACCUGGCAAGGUCAACAAUUACCACCAGCUCCACAACGGACAAGACUCUUCCGGAGGAAGUGGUGGGGGUGGAGGGGUUGGUGUAGUUUCAAAUAAUCUUAUUGGUCAUGGUCACAAUAAUGACGGGGACGAUCAGGGUGACCACGACCAUCCCAUCAAGUUCAAGAGUUACACUGCUGGGAGCUACAAGGGGGGAAGGAAGUAUCCUAAACCGGUCGGAGUCUCGUCGAACGAGGGGGACGAAGGUUAUCACAAGUUCGGUGGGUAUAACAAGUACAAGGGAGGAUUUCCGAGUUAUGAGGGGGGAAAUGAUGACCCUCCCUUUUGGGGGAGUGGGAACAAAGGAAGCGGAAACAAGGGAGGAAAACCUAUCGUGAUUGAUGGGUCUGGAAAUAAUCAUCAUAAUGAGGAAGAAUAUAAUACUUAUCAACACGGACCACCACCCACUUCGUCGCAUGACAGUUAUCCACCACCUUCGUCGCACGACAGUUAUCCACCACCACCUCAAAGUAGCAGCGGUGGCAAGGACGGACCACCAAGUUAUCAUUACGACGAGGAUAACAACAACGAUAAUGGUGGUGGUAGUGGUGGUUAUCAUCCAUCAUCUCCCUUCAUCCCACCCCAAUUUACGCAACUAUCUAGCAGUGGUGGAGAAGGAGGAGGUUAUCAUAAUCACCCCUCCUCAUCGUACAGCAAUUCGGUUUACGAUGAUGACGAUAAGCCACAAUCAUCACCAUCUUCUUCCUCUUAUCCGACCCCUCCAUCAGCGUCAUCAAGCUACAAAAAGAAUCAGGCGUACGACACGCCAUCAUCCUCAUCCUAUUUCACUGGGAAAGAUUACCUGUCAAUAAAUCGACGCCCUUCUAGCGGGAAUUAUAGGUCACCUCCUCCUCCCAUCGAAGUUAUCGACCACCACCACCCUUACCCAUCCUCCGGUCCGUCGGAAAACCGCUUCUUAAAUGACGCCCCUCCUCCCAACCGUGGCGAAAACACAAAUUAUCCAACUUUCCCAUCAUCUCCGCCAUCAUAUCUUCCUAAAAAUUCCCCAUCGCUACGAAACUUGGGGUUCACCACGGCCCCACAAUUUCGCCCAUUUCCUAAAAUGGAUCACCACCCCCUUGCCAUGAUUCCCAUAGCGGAUCAGAGCUUAUGGAUGCCAGUUACUGGUCCUCGUUUAGACGACCCUUCCCCCUCCCCAGCACCACCACCACUAUUUAAACCGCUGAAACAGCUCAAGAAGGACGUCAAGUACCGGGUCUACGAGUACGGAAAGAAUGAAGUGAUCGUCAUCGACGGUGGGUUACAAGCCCAUGAAAAAGACAUGGUUCGUGCCCACGUUUAUGCGAAGGAUGGAGGAAAAUUGUUGAGAACGAUUGAAAUCAAGGAUGCUGUUGACAAUGAGAAAACCGUGGCAAGUUCGAGGUCGGAUGUCACAUCACUUUUAGAUGAUGAUGACGACAUGCCUCUGAUUUUGCAACUUCCGUCGACCCCGACAGCCCCCACGAGCAUGGCGACGAGUGCGAGCACCACACCCACGACGACUACCACCACUACAACGACGUCCACGACGACGACCCCUCCCCCGACGACGACACUCGUCGUCACAAGUAAUGAUAACUCCACAGAGCUUCCCAAUAAUUCAGUAUAAUUAAUUAAAUAUACUCAAUUAAAUCAGCAAUUUUUUUAUAUUUUUAGCAGUAAUAUUUUGUUAUUUUCCAGUUUUGUUUGUUAAUUUGUUUUGGUCCUUGUUGCUUAUUUUAUAAACUAAAUAAGAGAGUUGUAUUAAAAUUAGGUGAUAAUUUUGCUGUCUAUGAAUCUGCACAAAUUAAAUGCAAUUUUAAUAAUAAAUCCUUUGUUUUUAAAAUAAUACCCUUUUUCUUAGUGAGGCAAAAUACUUAUUAAUAGGAAAGUUGUCUUAUUACGUGUGGUGUAAAGAGAAAUACGGUAAACAUCACAUCUGUCAUUCUUCUUAAAAAAAGCAUAUGUCAAUAAUAAUUCGAAAACCCGUACUCUCAAAACAAUCUGUCAUCGCAUUUGUACUUAUGUGGUUAAGUUUCUUCUUCUUCUUGAUUAAACAAUUCCUUUGUCUUGUCCACACA